CACUGCGCCCCGGGCUCCCUGCGGAUGAAUCUAAUCAGGAGGCCGCCACCUGGAGAGGUCCGGCCACUCAGCCUCUCCGCUCAGUGCGCUCAGUGCGGCGCAUUUCCCGUGUAGAGUCUGCUCUGCCAGGGGCGCCCCGCAGGGCGGAGACACUCCAGCCUUCCAGGAGGGGAUAGGACGACUGCGAGCCCCCAGAGGUAGCAUCAGACAGAACCCACACGCAGCCGGCUCAGCAUGGAGAGCGGCGCUCGUGUGGCUUCCACCCCCGGAGCACUGCCUUGCUACGUGGCCCUCUCCCAGCUGCUGGGCCUGACCGUGGUGGCCAUGACUGGUGCGUGGCUGGGUCUGUACCGAGGCGGCAUCGCCUGGGAGGGCGCCCUGCAGUUUAACGUGCACCCCCUCUGCAUGGUCAUCGGCCUGAUCUUCCUGCAGGGAGACGCCCUGCUGGUGUACCGAGUCUUCAGGAACGAGGCCAAGCGCACCACCAAGGUCCUGCACGGGCUGCUGCACGUCUUUGCCUUGAUCAUCGCCCUGGUUGGCCUAGUGGCGGUGUUCGGCUACCACAAGAGGAAGGGCUACGCCGACCUGUACAGCCUGCACAGCUGGUGCGGGAUCCUCGUCUUUGUCCUCUACUUCCUGCAGUGGCUGGUGGGCUUCAGCUUCUUCCUGGUCCCCGGAGCGUCCUUCCCUCUGCGCAGUCGCUACCGCCCGCAGCACAUCUUCUUCGGCGCCACCAUCUUCCUCCUCUCUGUGGGCACAGCCCUGCUGGGCCUGAAGGAGGCGCUGCUGUUUCAUCUCGGAGCCAAGUACAGCGCGUUCAAGCCCGAGGGCGUGCUGGCCAACGUGCUGGGCCUGCUGCUGGCCGGCUUCGGCGCCGUGGUGCUCUACAUCCUGACCCGGGCCGACUGGCAGCGCCCCCCGCAGGCGGAAGAGCAAGCGCUCUCCAUGGACUUCAAGACGCUGACCGAGGGGGACAGCCCCGGCUCCCAGUGAGGGCCGUUCAGUCCCCAUGGGGGGCCUGGCCGAGGUGACCCCCUGGGUCCUCUGGGGUUCUCCCGUCUCCUGCCCACCCCCCGAGUGGGGUGUGUGUGGAUGUCGCCGUCCACAUGACUGCUGAUUUCUGGGGUUCCGGCUUGUCCUCUGCUUCACUUCCUCCCUGCUGCCACAGACCGUCUGCUGGCCACCUGCUGGCCCUGUGUCCCGCUAACCCCGCAGAUGCUUUGGGAGCCCUCCUGGUCACAGAAGCACAGAUCUCUAAGGGAGGUGGAGGUAGAGAGAGGGUUUGCCUCCAGCCAGCAGACGCCUGGCCUUGGGCCACUGGUACCUAGGGACAGGCCUGGAGAUACUCUGUGUGACACGGAAUUCAAACCAGGAGUCCCUCAACUCCAAAUAACACGUGGUACAAAGGGGCCGGGGGCCAAGGGGUCCGAUGUGUAAAGUAUGUGGGUGAUCCCGGGAGGCCCCUCAGAUCGGUUGGGGAGGGCGGGCUGGCUGGGACCUCUGCAGUGUGCUGUGGCCCAA